AUGCCAGCUCGCAGGUCAAUAUCCGAAUAUCAGCGACAAGCUGGAAAGCAACCCUUGCGAUUUACUGCAAAUGGCACAUUUCAAAUAUCCGUAUUUAGCGACCUUCAUUUUGCGGAAGAUGACGAAAAUGACAAAAAGACACAACGAGUAAUGGACAACGUCCUCUCUUCCGAAGAGGUGCAACUGGUUGUACUUAAUGGCGAUCUGAUUUCUGGUGAGGCGACACACGCCUCGAACUCUAGCACCUAUCUUGACCGGGUUGUUGCACCGCUCGUUGAUCACGACAUACCAUGGGCAUCCACUUACGGCAAUCAUGAUAGCGAGGUCAAUCUGGACCCCGAAGAGACGUUCCACCGAGAAAAGAACUACACGAACAGUUUGACCCAAAAGAUGGUUUCUGGGCCUACUUCCGGCAUCACAAAUUAUUACCUCCCGAUCUUCAGACAUGAUGCUUCGAACAACACAGACCCGGCGUUUAUCUUGUGGUUCUUUGAUAGCCAAGGUGGCCACUAUCCCAAAACAGCAAGCGAUAAUGGAACUGUUGUUCCAAGACAGGACUGGGUGGAUGAGUCGGUUGUGAAAUGGUUCACGAAAACGAACUCAAAGCUACUCUCGACUUAUGGCAAGCCCAUUCCAUCUUUGGCAUUUGUCCAUAUUCCAGUUUAUGCAAUGCGCGCAUUCCAGGUCACAGGAGUCAGCCCUACCAGCGAACCAGGCAUCAACAACGAACGAGUGCAACAACAGGGCUACGCUAGUGAGGGUGGAUAUGAGGCACAAGAUUACCCAUUGAUACGAGCGCUUCUGAACACUAGCGGCCUUGUGGCGACUUUCAGCGGUCACGAUCAUGACAAUGACUGGUGUUUCAAAUGGGAUAGCAAACUGCCGGAGCUUAAUUUCACAGGAAACGGUAUCAACAUGUGCUAUGGGAGGCAUUCUGGAUAUGGAGGGUAUGGCGAUUGGGCGCGUGGUGGAAGGCAGAUCAUGUUGGAUCAGCAGUCAUUGGCAACUGAUAUGCAGAGCUGGGUUCGGAUGGAAGAUGGAUCUAUCUCGGGUAAUGUUCAUUUGAAUUCGACGUACGGGCAGGACCGGUAUCGAUUGGUGGAAAGGAGUACAAGUGGACAGACGAACGUUGCUCCUCAAUACUCGAGUCUUGUCUAUCUGUGGGUAUUUGUAUUUUCCCUGCUCAUGCAGAGAUUAGGGCUAUGA